UCUCUCUCUCUCUCUCUCUCUCGGAUUUUGUGGGUUUUCUCUGGCAUGGUUGAGAGGGUUCAGGCUGAAGAGUCUAUGGCAUUGCUGAUUUUUCUCCUUCUAGCAUUCUCUGUGGUUUCUGCUGACGAAGAUGCAUUUAUUGGGGUGAAUAUUGGAACACAACUCUCAGACAUGCCACAUCCAACCCAAGUAGUUGCUCUCCUCAAAGCCCAGCAAAUCCGACAUGUCCGGCUGUACGAUGCAGAUCGUGGCAUGCUUCUUGCACUUGCCAAUACAGGCAUUAGAGUGGUUGUCUCUGUCCCCAAUGAACAGCUCCUGGGCAUUGGCCAAUCAAAUUCCACAGCUGCAAAUUGGGUAUCCCAGAAUGUUGUAGCGCAUUUCCCGGCCACCAAUAUUACCACCAUUUGUGUUGGUUCCGAGGUUCUAACCACCCUCCCUAAUGCAGCCCUUGUCCUCAUUAAUGCUCUGAAGUUUGUCCAUUCAGCACUUGUGGCAUCCAAUCUUGACAGGCAAAUCAAAGUUUCAACACCCUUUGCUUCCUCCCUCAUCCUUGAUUCAUUCCCACCAUCUCAAGCCUUCUUCAAUCACUCUUGGAAUUCAGUAUUAGUUCCCACGCUCAACUUUUUGCAAACCACAGGCUCAUUUCUCAUGCUCAACAUAUACCCCUAUUAUGAUUACAUGCAGUCCAAUGGGGUUAUUCCAUUAGAUUAUGCACUCCUCAAGCCUCUUCCCUCAAACAAAGAAGCUGUUGAUGCUAACACGCUACUCCAUUACUCGAAUGUUUUUGAUGCUAUGGUUGAUGCUGCUUACUUUGCAAUGGCUUAUCUCAAAUUCACCAACAUUCCUGUUGUAGUGACAGAGUCAGGAUGGCCAUCGAAAGGUGAUUCUAAUGAGCCAGAUGCCACUGUAGAGAAUGCAAACACUUAUAAUAGCAAUUUGAUAAAGCAUGUGCUAAACAAAACCGGGACUCCCAAACACCCUGGAAUUGCUGUUAGUACUUACAUUUACGAGCUUUACAAUGAAGAUAUGAAACCAGGACCUGUAUCAGAAAAGAACUGGGGAUUAUUUGAUGCAAAUGGGAAGCCCAUUUAUAUUCUACACUUGGUUGGGUCAGGAUCAGUGUUGGCAAAUGAUACUGCAAACCAGACUUACUGUGCUGCAAAGGAUGGUGCAGAUUCAAAAAUGCUGCUGGCUGCAUUGGAUUGGGCUUGUGGAUCUGGCAAGGUGGAUUGUUCGCCCUUGUUGCAGGGGAAACCGUGCUAUGAACCAGACACUGUGGCUGCACAUGCAACGUACGCAUUUGACACAUAUUAUCAUCAGAUGGGGAAGGCUUUGGGGACUUGCGACUUCAAUGGGGUGGCUGCAAUCACUACUACAAAUCCAAGUCGUGGAUCUUGUAUAUUUCCUGGAAGUGACAAGAUAAAUGGGACCUUUUUGAACAGCACAGCUCCAGCUAUGGACGUCAAGAGCUCAGGUGCUCCUGCCCAGUGCUUCUAUGGUGGUGCCUUUUCAAUUGCAUUUAUAAUCAUUGGAGUUCUAGGAUGGAGUGCAGUUCUCUUAUAGCUUGGUUCUUUCGAAACAUACUCAACAAUUUUGAAUGAAAAAGAUGGGUGCGUGUACCAAGUUUUUCACUUGUGGACUUGCAAACACACUUUCUUCUUUCACAGGAACAUAAAUUAUCACUGUUUGCCGGCGAUUGUGGUGGUAUUCAAAUGGUAAGCAUGCAGGUUUUGGGGGACUUGUGCAACCAAUUUUGUACAAAACAAGUUCAAGGACCCUGCACCCUUUAGACUGAUUUAUUAUUCUUUUUGUUACAUUAAUGAUUUAUUUUUCUCCAUUUGAAGUUCAUGAAAUAACGUUACUAUUUCCUGUUUGGAC